AUGGAGCUUCUCUACCUUAAUAUAUCAUUCAACUUUAUAACAUCAUUAGAAGAAGGACAAUUUGCUUGUCAAAAAAAUCUAAAAAUGUUGGAUCUGAGUAACAAUCAAAUUGCUGAUAUAAGAAACUGUACAUUUUGUGGUUUAAAGGUACUGGAAGUUUUACAUUUGGACUAUAACUACAUUUACAUGAUUCAAGAAUAUGCCUUUUCAGAUCUAUUUGCUUUAAAACAGUUACAUUUGUAUGGCAAUCAGUUAAAUUCAAUAGAUGAGUGGGCAUUUUAUGAUCUACAUCAAAUAGAAGAGCUUACACUUACUUUUACAUACGAUGUAGAAGAAAUUUGGUGGUCAAAACAUAUUGCUAAUACGCUAAAUAAACUUUCGCUAAAAACCACAAAUACAUAUAUCACGCUGUUAUAUGAGAAUUUCAACAAUUUGUUUCACUUAGAAAACCUAGAAUUAGAUGCCCAAUAUUUAUAUGUUGACAUUUGUGAGUAUUUCCCCUUUCAUAGAAUAAAGGAGUUGCAUUUAUUAAAUAACAUUGUUUUUGACUGCAUGGAUGCAACACUGCCAGUACUGGGCAAUUUCAUAAAUCUUGAAAAACUAUAUUACAGAGCAUAUUAUACCGAGCCUUUAGAAAUGACGGUCACAAUCAAUUCAUCAUUAAGAUAUUUAGAAAAACUUGAAUUUCUUUGCUUAGAUAAUACACAAAAAUUUGCAGAAAAUUUACUCAUAAACCCAUAUGAGUUAUUUCAGGGCUUAGUAAACCUUAAGACUUUACAAUUGAUAAAUUCAGGAUUGGAAUAUUUUACCUCCAAUAUGAUGUUUAAUGAUUUAAAAUCUGUGAUAUUUUUACUCAUAGAAAAUCAAAAUAUAAAGGACAUAAAAGCUGAGGCAUUUUCCCCAAUGAGUAACUUAAACUAUAUUUAUUUAUAUGAUACAACCUUAGCAUGUAACUGUCAGCUAAAUUGGUUUAAUCAGUGGCUCCUGUAUAACAAGCAAGUUUCAUUCAUUGAUUUCUAUGAUCAGAAGUGUUUGGUUAGAGCAAAAAAGUCUGACUCCACAUUGUCAACGUUCUUAGAUAGCUGUACAACAGAUUUGCAAUUUACACUUUUUAUAGCUUCAUUUGUAGGCAUGGUACUGUUUAUAUUGAUAAUUCUCUUUCAUGAAAGCAUUUGGUGGUAUACCCUAUAUUUAUUCUAUACAGUGAAAUGUUGGCUGAAUCGCCGGAAAGAAGACGAACAAUACAAGUAUGAUGUAUUUGUUUCCUAUAAUACCACUAAUGAACAGUGGAUAACAGAGGAGUUACUUCCCAAUCUGGAAAACAAUGGUCCCCCUUUUUUUAAAGUGUGCAUCCAUAAUCGGGAUUUUGAGAUUGGCAGAGACAUAGUUGAGAAUAUAGUGGACAGUAUCUAUAAAAGCAGGUGGACUAUCUGCCUUAUUACACAUAGUUACCUACAAAGUUAUUGGUGCUCCCUAGAGUUGCGAAUGGCAACUUACAAACUUGUAGCAGAGAAUAAUAAUUCUCUCAUAUUGAUAUUCCUUGAUAAGAUCUCCAAGGAAGAGAUUCCAUGCUAUCACAGACUGACCAAACUGUUAGAUAAAAAAACCUACUUGGAAUGGCCAGAAGAUCCUAAUGGACAGAAGUUAUUUUGGGCAAGAUUACGUAAAGUAAUUGGUAUUCAUGUUGAGAAAGAUCAUGAUGAGCUGUAA